UUACGAUCGACCUACCUGUGUGCACCGUGUUGUCUGACUUAUAUCUUGUAAGUGAACCUAGGUCUACUACCUUCCUGCACCAUGGGGGAAGAAAUCAAGAUAAACCUUGGCUCCAGGGUCUUUGUGGCCAACCUUCCCACAGAACAGAUGGACAAAGAGGAGCUCAUAAAGCGAUUUGAAAAAUAUGGACGCAUUUCCAAUACAUUCAUGAAGAAAGGCUUUGCCUUUAUCCAGUUCGGCUCACCACAAGAAGCACAGGAUGCUAUCCGUACUGAAUCGGGACAGAUACUCUACGGCAAGAAGAUAGAAUGCAGCCUUGCUAAGCGGAAGCCAGGGGAAGACAAGCCCGGAGGAGAAAGAGGAGGAGGAGGGCCCGCAGGAAAUAACGUCUCAAACUCCACAGCUGCAAUACUGGCCAGGGAGAAAGGUGACCAAGAUAGGUACCCCUCUUCUGGCGGACCUCAGGGUGGUUAUGAUGAUUUCUACCGCGAUAAAUACAGGGACGGUCCCCAAGGCAGGGAUAGUAUGCUGGGCAGGGACGGUCCCCACGGCAGGGACGGUCCCAAUGGUAGGGACGGUCCUCAUGGUAGGGACGGUAUGCCAGGCAGGGACAGUAUGCUAGGCAGGGACGGUCCCAAUGGCAGGGACGGUCCUCACGGCAGGGACGGUAUGCCAGGCCGGGACUUUCCCCCACGAAUGAGAGAGCGUUCUCCAAUCAGGGACAGAGAGCGAGACCGCUACGAUGACAGGUACAGAGACAGCUACUUCAGGGACGACCCAGCACGGCGUGAUCUUGACCGUUACCCAGACGACAGAAGAGAUCCCUACGACCGCGCCCUUCCUCCUCUCCCACCACGUGAUCGCGACCGGGAUCGUGAUGUUCGUGAUCGGGACCUACGUGACCCUUUACGCGAUCCCCUGCGUGAGCCUAUGCGUGACCACCUGCGUGACCCUCUACGUGACUCUCUGCGCGAUCGUGACCCCCUUCGUGAUAAUCUUCGUGAACCACGGGAUCGAGAUCUGAGGGAUGAUCCUUACUACCGUGACGACCCGUAUCGGCGUGACGACCCUUAUCACCGAGAUCCAGAGAGGGAGCGUGAGAGAGACAGGGACAGGCCCUCCUUGGACAAGGACAGAGACAGAGACGGUGUUGCUUUCAGGCGUGACCCCCACCGUGACCCCACCCGUGACCCCUACUCCAGGGAGAGGGGCGAUGCACCUGUGGAUCGAAGACCACCUGCCGCUGCUGCUGCUGCUGCUGCUGCUUCAGCUACCACGCCAGAGUAUCUGCCGCCGGUGUUGGGCAAGCCAGUGGAUUGCGAGAUUCUUGUUCUGAACAAGCAACAAAGAGGGUAUGCUGAAAUGGUUGAGCGACGCCUGAAGACGCUGGGCAUCUCGACUGACAUGAUGUUUGUUAACCCUGAGGCUUCCAUCACUGCUGUCUUGGACGGAGCUACCCGCAAUGGUGCCCUCUAUGCUGUCAUGGUGUCCAGCCAGCACGAAGUUCAUCGCUCUUUAACUCUCAAUAUCCUCCAUGGCACACCACAAGAACACAGGAACAUGCCCCUUGAAGAUGCCAUGAACCUUGUUACCCGCAACUACGAUCGCUACAUCCUGGAGCUGCGAGAAAAGCGUGGCCUGGUGGCCUCUGGCGAAACCACAGCCAAAGUGGGCGCUGAUGGCCAGUCGGCAGCAACAGAGCUGACCCUUACACAGUUGUUCAGCUUGCUGGCCGAUGGUCGUCAGCUGACCCUGGCUGAGGUUGACCGGGUCAUCACGUUCCUGGAGGAGAUGCGUAACCGUAUGGCUGAAGAUCAGGGACUUUCCCUCAGAAAGAAAGAAUAUCCAGCUGCUUCUGCUGCUAAACCAGCAGAUAGCACUCCAAAACAAGAGGACUUGCAAGCCAAAAUCUUGAGUUUAAUUGGGUCCAAUGUGUCUCCUGCAUCUGUAGCAGCUGCUGUUUCCAAGGUGACCUCUGUGUCAUCAUCUCCUGUGAUCCCAUCGCAGUCCCCCAGGCAAGUCCCAAUGUCCACCCCAACCCAACAAAACAUGGGCCUGCUUGCCACCCCAAACUCCCAGUCCAACCUUCCUCAGUCACUGAUGAAUCGAGGCAGGCCUACUCAGAGCGCCCUUCCAGUCGCCCAACCUCCUGCCAGGACUGUUGCAGCAGCUGCUAAGCCACUCAAUCUGGACAACCCGACUGUCAAGAAGGCUCUGGACAACCUCAUCCAGACCGGACCUAACCUCUUGCGUGGAAUCAGUGCACCCCAGCCCGCUGCACUGGUUGUCCAGCCCCCUGCUACGGCCAUGUCUGGGGCAAGAGGUGCCCAUCAAGCAGCCCAGGUGAACCCCAACAUGAUGACCGAGGAGCAGAUUGCCCGGGCACAGGCCGAAGCCAUUCACAAAAUGCACCAACUCACUGCACCAGCGCCUCAGCACAUGCAGCAGAAUAUCCAGAUGGCCGGUGCGGCUAGCCUCAUGGCUGCUGGUAUCAACCCAAACAACCUUGGUCCUGGCGGAAUGACUGCUCAGCAGCUUCAGGCCCUCCAGGCCCAUAGUAUGGCCUACAGCAUGAGGGGACAGCCCCCUCCACCUCCUGUUGGCCCACCCCCUGGACGUCACAUGUAUUAAGCUGUCCAUGUCCCUAAACGACACAUGUAUGAAAAUGGCGUUAUAGGGGCUUGCAGUCGCUAUCAUAGCAAGCUUCUACAAUUAUCUACCAAUCUUGUAAAGUAAUUUUCGUUAGAUAUGUUGUAUAUACUCUUUUUUACUAUUGUAUGUCCGAAAUAAGGGGACCUGAGCUUUGUUUAGUUAAUGUCAGUUCCUACGGCAGUUACAAAGCAUUCAAUCACUUAAUGGAUAUUGAUAGUGCUUAUUCUGGAAGAGCAUCAUUUAUAUCAAUAUUGAUUUGAUAAACAAAUCAUUAUGUUGAACAUUACAUUUUUGUUUUGGUAUGCUCAAAUGAGGUCAUGCUUCAUCAUGUAUUAGUGACUUGUUUUCCAUCAAUGUUUUCAAAUGUAAAAAGACAGCCAUCAGUUGGUUGUCCAUUAUAUCCAUGUUCAACCCUUAUUUCCUCUAGGGUUUGUGCUUCUGUAAAUAGAGCCAUUUUAUAUGAAAACUUAGCUUUUCCUCAAUUAAGAAAGCCACGAGUAAUGCCCAGUGUCAUGCUAUUCUGCACAAAGUCUCAAUUCAUAAUCAGCUCACAAUGAGAGGAACGUUUCAUCACUUUGCAAGAUAAUGGUGAAUAAAUACUCCACAAGUUUUGAGAAACCUCACUUAAAAGAGAUUCCUGCUAAACCGACAGGCUACAAAAGUUGUGUACAAUAUAUGAUUAUGACAUGAUUGACAUCAUUUAUUAUGUUACUGUGAUUUAGUGCAUUAUGUACUAUUAGCUGAAACCCAUAUAUUUCCAUUAUGAUAUUGUGUGGAAAUUCUAUAGAGAGCUGGCACAUCAAUUGUAAACAAAUUACGAGAUCAAUGUUAAAAUGUUAAAAUUUGCAUAGAUGUGCUAUUUUUGCCCCAGUUGUCAAGUAGGGCCCAGAUUUAACUGUACUCUUAGAGGAGCUAUUGAAAAUUGAUUAUGUGUACAUGUAUUUAAUGUUUCCUCUGAAUUCGCUUUUUAUAAUGGAAAAUGAUUACACUUAAACUUCUUUGUGCUUUCUAUAAGAGUAUUGUGAUGUUAAGAUAUCAAGGUAAUUUUGACCCCCCCCCCUAAAAAAAAAGACCCAAGAGAAUAUUGGUGUUCAAAUUCACCUUUAAAAUGAUAAACAUUUCAAGAAAUGCAAUUUUCGAGAAUUCACUAGACUAAUCACCAACUCUUUUAGUAACGAUUAACGAUUUAUUGUGUGUAUUGUCAAAAUCACUUCCCUGUUGAUGUUAUGUGGCGUUAAUAAAGUUCCUUCUUAAACUA